UUUUCUGACCAUAAAUACUACUAAUGAUAGACGAAAGAGCAAAUAUUUAAACUGUAUGGGUUUUUUCACAGGUAAUUGUUCUUACGGUAACUUUUAUAUAAUCGUGUGGUUUAAAAUGUUUUAGUUACCACUUGUAUCCUCUGGGUGGAGACAAUGUCCUGAACCAUACAAACUGAGAAUGAGUUUAACUUCGAUACUACUUUAAAUUACCAGGUGAUUAUAAAUGUCAAAUAAUUUCACUUUAUUUACUUUAUUUAUUUAUUUUUACUACUCGUUUUGUUUUCCUCUCAACAUCUUCAUAUUUUGGAGCGGAUUUCCCAGAUAUUAUUUGAAGGAAACGUGGACUUGUGGAAACGUCCCUUCCUUUACCAUCAGCAGCCACCUGUCAGCGCUGGCGAGCUGAUAUGGGCACGCGUUGUUUGUCUUGCUAAACGUGGUGGCAUGAGAAACGGCCAUGAAUCCAGUUUGAUGGAUGGUUGUUUUAAGUUGUAGCUGUAUUUUAAAAACACGAGUGUUGUACAUUUUUCAGCUCCAUGUCCUGUGAGGCAGCGCUCCGUCUGAAGUCGACGUCUCUUAGAACCGUAUUAACCUCAUUACUAAAUAUUUACAUUCAGAGGAACAGGAGGAUUUGUCCUGUAAUAGCUCCAGGAAUGUGGUCGAGAUUCUGCACGCUACAGUCUGGCACAUCAUUAUCUAACACUGUGGAUGUGAGCACGCAGAGGUUUUCCCGCUGCGACGGCGUCAGAUCAUGUGAGGGUCACCGCGGUCGACAACAACAGAGCGGCGUGUUGGUGCAGCCGCCCCGGGGUUUCCACGAAGUCACUCAGAGUCAACAACUGACCGGCCUGCCUGCGGUCCAGACCAGUCUCCAUGGUGACGGAGUUGUUUACCAUCUGAACAUCCACCGACGUUCCUCGAUGUGAAUGAUGACGACAGCUGUGACGCAACAAAUGGAAGAAGCAGAGAAGAUUUGGUAAAGAUCUAAACUCCCUCUGGAGGGACGGUCCGGUGUGGGUGUGUGGUCUGACUUCGUCUGUAACUCUACAGACCGAACAACUGACAUGUGACCAGCACUGAAUCAAGCAGGAGUCCCGGGUUCUGCACUCAUUACUGGCUGCGCCGUCCGCGCGCUUUACGCACCAUGGAAGAGGUUUUACGCGCGGCGGAGAGCGGGGCGCAGAAUGUCUCCUGGACCCGGGAGAACGGGAGCAUGCUGGGAAACAUCUCGGCGAAUCCUCUGAAGAGAAACGAAGACGUGGCCAAAGUCGAAGUCACCGUCCUGGUCCUGGUUCUUCUGCUGGCGCUCACCGGAAACGCGUGCGUCCUGUGGGCCGUCAGCGCCACGAAGCGCCACCAGUCCCGGAUGUAUUACUUCAUGAAGCACCUGAGCAUCGCCGACCUGGUGGUCGCCGUCUUCCAGGUUCUUCCGCAGCUGAUCUGGGACAUCACCUUCCGCUUUUACGGCCCGGAUCUGCUGUGUCGGACGGUGAAAUACCUCCAGGUCGUGGGCAUGUUCGCCUCCACCUACAUGCUGGUGCUGAUGUCCGUGGACAGGUGCGUCGCCAUCUGCCAACCUCUGCGCACCGUCGACAAGAGCAUCGACCGCUUCUGCGUGCUCUUCUCCUGGGCACUCAGCUUGAUUUUCAGCUCCCCCCAGGUUUACAUCUUCUCUCUGAGGGAGGUGGGGGACGGCGUGUAUGACUGCUGGGGGGACUUUGUGCAGCCCUGGGGGGCCAAGGCAUACAUCACCUGGAUGAGCGUCAGCAUCUAUAUUUUGCCGGUGGUCAUCCUGAGCGUAUGCUAUGGUUUGGUGUGUUUUAAGUUAUGGCAAAAUUUGAAUUUAAAAACCAAGAGAGGGCCUUUACGGGCCUUUGUUUCCAGGGCGUCCAGAGACGCCCACCCUCUGUCGGGGGUCAGCAGCGUGAGGCUCGUUUCCAAAGCAAAGAUUCGAACAGUGAAAAUGACAUUCGUGGUUGUCCUGGCCUACGUGGUCUGCUGGACCCCGUUCUUCUUUGUCCAGAUGUGGUCCGCAUGGGAUCCUGCUGCCCCCAGAGAAGACAUGGCCUUCAUCAUCGCCAUGCUGCUGGCCAGCCUCAACUCCUGCUGCAACCCCUGGAUCUACAUGUUCUUCGCCGGUCACCUGUUCCACGACCUGAUGCACCGUCUGUGCUGCGGCUGCGGCUGCGGCUGCAGACGGAACCCGACAGAGAAACACUGUCGGCGGCGGCACCGGGGGACCUCGUCCACUUACAUCAUCAGGAACACCAACCACGGGCCGAGCCUCGCGCACACGUCCAGCACGGGAGUGCAGGACACGGAGGAGCCGGCGGAGAGUCACUCAAGCUUCUGACCUGAAGUCGGUGAGACGUGCAGUUCGAGCAGACCGGGGUUUCUAAUCUGUGUUUGUAGAUGUUUAUGAAUGACGUCACUGGACAAUUCAAACCAUCCUUUCUGGUCAUCUCCUGUACUGUGAUAAUGGAGAGCAGGAAAAGAAAAAAA